UAGAGACACUUUGUUUGUUCGCGGUUGGCUUGGCCCUGUUUCAGUUCGGUGCAGUUCGAAUUCUGCAACUUUUGCGAAUAGAAAACGAAUUUAUAAAAAGCCUACCAAAUGCCUAGAAGAGAACAGUUUCGUACGAAUGGGCGUUGCAAACGGUGGUGUGAUUUGGCAAGUGUCUAUGGAACAAGUGCGCAAAACGAAGACGGAUUUUUAAUCAAAACAAACAAUUAGGACUAUAACAAGGAUAAAGUGGAUAAAUAGGCAAAAAUGAGCCAAAAAACGUUUUGCGAAUUAUCGUACAAGAAAAUAUAAGAAUGAAAAAUUUUCGUUAAAAAUUUCGCAAACGAAAACCUACAAGUGCUGCAUAGAAAAAUACUACUCUGAGAAAAUUGAAUUUUUAACCCCUAAGAAAGAUUCUCCGUUCACAGAGCGCCAUUCAAACUCCCUUCUACCCACAACCUUUUCCCCCUGAUCCUGAUUUUGUGACUUUUGAAGAAUCUUUGUACUAUGCAAAAUUCUGAUGCCAAUGCCAAUAUUAGUGCAACCAACACAAAGUUUCAACCUUGGCCCUCGGAGCCAAUCUCGUUAGAAAUUUUGCCAACACUACCCGAAGCAGGUAGCAAUCAGGAGUUAGAAGACCUCCAUAAGAACUCCCGGAUCAUACAUUCUGAUCCCGAAGAGAGUCAAGCCAAAGCCAAAACCCGUUCUCGCUUCACCUCGGCCAUAAGAAAGCUGUCACGCUCCACCCGCAAAAAACAAAAGGGGGUGCUGAGUAAAAGUCCUUCACUGAAUGCGGAUGCUUCGACGCCAACAUCAGCGGAGGUGGUGUUAUCAAGUGAUGCCGAUGAUUUGCCUACGCAAGUGACAGCAAAUAAAAAGAAAAAAAAAUCUCUUUUCAGCUUGAAGAAAUCCUCCAAAGUAGCUCCAAAAAAGGAUCUGCCAGAGGAAUUUUGGCCACCACCACAACCACCCAAGGUAUUAGAGCCCUUAUUUCAGGACACCGAAAAUGAGGUGCUAGUAACCACAGAACGUUUGUCGCCCACCGAAGGAAAGCGAAAAGUUCAGAUUACCAUAAAAUCGAAGAAAAUUGAAAAGGUGGAUUCUAAGGAGAAAACAGAAAAUAGCCACCCAACAUCACCCUCCCAACAACCCUCUUCGACAACAACACCCACAACGACACCAAACUCAACUCCACCUCAGGGCCGUCAAACCGUUAUCACCACAGUCAUCGGCACCACCCCCGCAACAACGGUCGACGAUUCCAAAGAUAAGAAGAAAAAACUCAAAAAAGCUUCAGCAUCCACAACAGCGACAGCGACAGCUUCAGUAGCGAGUAAAAAAGAUCAAAAAGCAGAAGGUGAAAAGAUUGUUAUCACUCAAAGUCCAAAAGAUACGCCACCACGAGACAAGGCACCGGCAAAACCCUCGCGUCUAGCCGCAACAGCGACAGCAACAACAACAACAACCUCAAGUCAUUCGACCUGCACCACCAGCGCCUCCUCCUCCACAACCAAAAGUAAAACUAGUGGUGCUAUACGCAAAACAGCGACUACCACGCGAGCGGCUAUAAAAUUGGUAACGGCAGCAAAAGGUAAAGCGAAAACUUCCUCGGAAGCCAACAAAGCUGUAAAAGCGGCAAAAGGAUCAACAACAGCGGUUAAAACUACAGCCAGCACCGGCACUACCGCUGUUGCUGUUGCUGCUGCUAUCGAAAAACCCGAGAGCGAUUUAAUGAUAAACCCACAAAGAGGUCACAGAUUUCCAAGACCUACAUCAACCGAGUCCAACGAAAAAUCUAUUGAACAACAGAGUCUAUCGCUGGGAGGAAAUCAAGCGACGCCAAAGACUACGUCGUCGCCAUCGCCGUCGCCGUCGCCUUCACCCCCACCAUCGCCGACAACAGCAACACUGCCCUCCACCUCCCCCUCCAACAACGCCAAUAAAAAUCUGUCACCAGCGUCGCAGCCCACAUUGCUUAGCCCCGCCACCGCCAUCAACCAACCACAAACGGCUGAAAUUCAAUCUGCUGCUUUACCGUCUGCAACUUCUAACGCUUCAUUGCUUGUCAAGCCCAUAAAUCAACAGCAUCAUCAGCCAACAUCUUCUACACAUAAUUUAGUUCAUAUCUCAGCACCCAAUCAAACGGACGAUCACAUCUCAUUAGCGGAGAGUGUACUACAACAGCAGCCCAGUGAAGCAUCCACCGAAGACUUGGCCGCCAAACGAAAUCGCAUCCUUCUGCAGGACACUUUCAACACCAGUUUCGGAUCAUUUGCCUUCAACCUGGGCGAUCGUGUGCGACCACCACUUCUAAUAGCCAAACAACUGGGCUACGAGCCCUCGUCGCAGGAUCCCUAUUCGAUUGAACAGCACAGUGACGACGAUUCGGAUACGGACACUGAAGACGACUUACAUCGACGUCGCAUACCCUAUAUUAGUGCUGCGCCCACGCUUUACGACGAGUUCAACAGUGUGGAGCUGAGACGACAACAUUUUCGCAAUCAAUCGGGAGUUAGUGAUCUGUCAUUGGACUCGCACAACAACGACGAGAAUAGCAGUAAAGGGGACGAUUCAAAUCAGAUGCCCGCUUUUGGAGAUUUAACAAUGGAUCAAGAAAUGGAACCGACUAUAAUGACAUCCACAAAUGCAGAAAAGCGCGAGCAUCUCUAUAAAAUUCUAGUCAUCGGCGAAUUGGGUACUGGCAAGACAUCAUUCAUCAAACGCUAUGUUCAUCAGUUUUUCAGUCAAAAUUAUCGCGCCACAAUUGGUGUCGAUUUUGCACUAAAAGUUUUACACUGGGACCCCAAUACAAUUGUGCGUCUGCAAUUGUGGGAUAUUGCAGGACAGGAGCGGUUUGGCAACAUGACUCGCGUCUAUUACAAGGAAGCCGUUGGUGCCUUCAUUGUUUUCGAUGUGACACGUAGCGGAACAUUUGAUUGUGUCAAUAAAUGGAAAGAGGAUUUAGAUUCAAAAGUUCAACUGCCCGAUGGUAGUCCGAUACCAUGUAUAUUGCUGGCCAAUAAGUGCGAUCAAGAUAAACAAGGUGUGGUUACAAAUACCGAGAAAAUGGAUGAUUACGUCAAGGAACACGGUUUCGCUGGAUGGUUUGAAACUUCUGCCAAGGAGAACAUCAACAUUGAUGAGGCAGCUAGAGCUUUAGUAAAUAAGAUAUUACUUAAUGAUAAAUUAAUCAGUGCCUCCGAUUUGGCGGACAAUGAAAAGUUCAAUCUCAACAACAGCGGAGAUCAAUCGGUAAAUGAGGACAAGAGUAAAUGUGCCUGUUGAUUGUGGUAAUGUUAAUUGCUGUGACAUGGCAAAUAAUUGGUUUCAUGCAGGAGCUUUCGAAAAUCCAUGAUCCUGGGUCCAGCCGGCAUAUUUGAGUCUACUAAGGAUAUGGCACUUUGAUUAGAAAUAGAAAGUCCAUUACAUGGUGUCCUUUAGCAAAUAAGUACAAUGUGUAGCCUUUUUUUGCAGACUUAAACAUAUGGGAAGACAAAAAUACAUACAUAACAAACAUAUAUUACCACACUCAUAGAUGCAUACAUACAUACACACAUACAUACACACAUACAUACAUAUAGACUUAAAUCGAGUAAAUAGCGCAGACGCCUAAGAUAUAUGAAAAGUUAUUAAAAGCAGAUUACCCAUUGCUUUUCCUGUUGGCAAAUUAAUAUGCUAGGGCAACAACUAAAUAAGGGAAUAUACCUAUUUUUUAUACUUAAUCCCCUUAUAUGCCAUAGCCAUGAAGCCGCCUUAAGUGCCGUAUAUUACAAAAAGAAAGAAAAUUGUUAUAUGUAUUGCCUUUUUUACUUUCAUUUCCAAAACUUCUAGUACAAUAAGGCGUAAAUCGUUCUUUAAUUUUAUUUAUAAACAAAGGAAUUUUUUGUAGCCAUAAUUGUUUUAAACAUUUUUUGUAUAACAUUUUUUUUUUAUUUUAUUAUUAUUUUUUUUGUAAACUUAUUAUGAUGUCCCAUUAUGAUAAAGAUAAACGCUGGCUUUCUUUUUUAUUUAAUUUAAAAUUGUUAUCUAAAUUGUUUGCCUAACUUUUUAAAAACCUCGAUUCACUAGUUCAGUCAUUCACCCAAGUAUUUGCCUCUUUUACAUACCCCUAUAUUCUUUCCAUAACUUUGUCUUUUUUUAUAAUUUAUUUGGGCCUUAUCCGUCUUUAGCACCAAAUUUCUUAUUGUUUUACCAAGUAACAUUGUCUGGUGUUUAAGAAUAAAGUGUUUUUUAUAUCUAAUACAAAUUAUACAUACACAUACAAUAAAAAUGUCGUUUAUCUCGACUAUUUGAAA